UGGGGGCGGGGCCAUGCCCAGCUGGCGAAGGGGGACGCGCGGACCUCUGCUGGGCAGCCGCGGGGGAAGCUGGGGCAAGAUGGCGACAGUAAGAAAGGUGCCGCUACGGAGACUGGUGGGCUUGGCAUCCCUUCGGGCUCUUGUUGACUUCAUGGAAUUCAGUGGCUCAUCAUUAGUCUCUAGGAAGCUUUGCUGGCUAAAACCAAGGCCAGUUCAGGUCAGCACCUCAUCUGUGGGUACUUUCCCAAAGAGGGUGAAAAUUGUGGAAGUUGGUCCCCGAGAUGGACUACAAAAUGAAAAGAAUAUCAUACCUACUCCGACAAAAAUCAAGCUGGUAGACAUGCUUUCUGAAACAGGACUCCCCGUUAUAGAAGUCACCAGCUUCGUGUCUCCCAAAUGGGUUCCCCAGAUGGCUGACCACACUGAAGUCUUGAAGGGUAUCCAGAAAUUUCCUGGCGUCAACUACCCAGUCCUGACACCAAAUCUCAGAGCCUUCCAGACAGCGGUUGCUGCUGGAGCCAAGGAAGUGGCGGUCUUUGUAGCUGCCUCUGAGCUCUUCACCAAGAAGAACGUCAACUGCUCCACAGAUGAGAGUUUCCAGCGGUGUGACGAAAUCUUGAAGGCAGCUCGGGUAGCCGGUAUCCCUGUGCGGGGGUAUGUCUCCUGUGUGCUUGGAUGCCCCUACGAAGGGAAGAUCUCCCCAGCCAAAGUAGCCAAGGUCACCAAGAAGAUAUACUCGAUGGGCUGCUACGAGAUCUCCCUGGGAGACACCAUUGGCGUGGGCACUCCCGGGCUCAUGAAGGCCAUGCUGUCUGCUGUCAUGCAGGAGGUGCCAGUGUCUGCCCUGGCCGUCCAUUGCCAUGACACCUACGGCCAGGCACUGGCCAACACCUUGAUGGCCCUGCAGAUGGGAGUGAGUGUCGUGGACUCUUCUGUAGCAGGACUUGGAGGCUGUCCUUUUGCACAGGGGGCGUCAGGAAACUUGGCCACAGAGGACCUGGUCUACAUGCUGGCGGGCAUGGGCAUUGACACGGGUGUGAACCUCCAGAAGCUCUUGGAAGCUGGGGCCUUUAUCUGUCAAGCCCUGAACAAAAAAACCAGCUCCAGAGUGGCUCAGGCUUCCUGUAAACUGUGAGCCCCUUGCCCCCUGAAGCCUUGGGGAUUGCAUGGGAAUAGGGACACAUGUGGAUGAUUCACGGAUGAGCACAUGGAAAUGGGAAUGAAAUGAACAGGUGCAGGCACCUCACCGCCAGCUCUGCCCAGUGGUCUCUCCUGGGGAAAGGAGGCAGAUGGGCGCUGCCUGGCCUCAGGCCCUCCCUGUCCAACCUGAGUGUGAAUGAGAGGCUUGGGCAGCUGGAGGUCUCCCUCCCACACGGACCCAAAGGUCCAGGAGCUGAAUACCUGUGGGCAUUUGGGAACCCAAUUCUUGGGCUUGGGUUGAUCCUUAAGUCUCAUCUCUGGGUGAAACCUGCCAGUUAGCCACUCUCCUCAGCACAAUGCUGCCAUAUCCUUGGGGCCAUCGCUCUCUGUAUAGGGCAAAGGGGCAUGGAGGAGUUUUUUCCUCAGCUGGCAGAGGGCAUUUGGUGAAGGUGUGAGGGAGCAGUGGUAGCCACCUGCCAACUCCAGCAACUCUGGAAAAUCUCCACUUUGAACAUGAUUUUUGAAAACAGCUUAUGUAAUUAAAGGUUUAAUGCCAUAACCA